CGAGCGGCGGCGGAGGGCGGGGCGAUUCCCCGUGUUCAUGGCGAUUUGGAGUUCAUCCGCCCCAGGAUUUUGACGGCAUCCUCUUCGUUCUUGUCGCCCGCGGCUGCUCUGGUUUUAAAUGGGCAAGCUACGGAAAGCUUGUCAUUGGGAUGUUCCUGUAGUAAGCAUUUGUGCCUAAUGAUUUUGCAGAAGAUGGUUCUUACCUUGUGUCUAUGGAAUUAUCUGAUGGCGACGGAGGGAUUGACAAAGCUCUUCUGAAGUUCUAUCUUAAUCAAGUAUGUUUUAUUUUAUCUAGGACUUUUCAUCCUUGUUUGAUUUUUUUCAUUUUUUUCUUUUCUCUUAAGUGAUAGUUGUGUUUUUCUUAUUUUUUCAGAAAGUAAAAUGCUUAAAGAGGAAAUUAUCAUCUGCUUCAAGGAGGAAUGUGGUAUCGUGGUGUUGUCCAGAGAUAUGGCAUGGGUUGUCUCUUAGAGUUUGCUAGGAUCGAGGUGCUGCUCAGGUUAGUGAAGUGGCUUGCCAGUAGGUUCGAUGUCCCUUCAUCUGAAUUCCAGCUCAAAAAGAAAUUUAUCCCAAUGACCAAGUAUGAUAUUCAUGGCAUCCUCGACCUUCCAGUAGAUGGUGAGCCACUUGUGUGUGAUCCUGAAUCCGGUCGUGACUUUAUCCUCUCUCACUUCAAGGUGACCAGUAUUCCUCCCGUGUCCUUUGCAAACAAGCUAAAAUCAACCGAAGUCGAGUUGCCUGAUGAAGAUGUCUUUAUUUGUUUCAUGAUUGUUGCUUUCUCAUCAUUCCUUUGUCCCAACUCUAGCCUCAGUCCUAGCCCAAAGUACCUUCAUAUCUUUAGGGAUUGUCCUUCUGUGCGUAACUAUGAUCUGUCGAAAUUUGUUUAUGAGUGGCUGUUGAGUUGCAUAAAGAAGUUCAAGGAUUCCACUAAAGUUGCUUCCAAAAGAUCAGUGACGUUUGGCGGUUGUCACUACGCUUUUGCUGUUUGUUACCUUGACCAUCUCAAUUUUGGUCUUCACUCUGUCCCUGAUGUAAAGCCUCAGAUCCUAGCAUGGAGAGGCAACAAAGUUAAGCAAUUUUCAGAUCUUGAUAGAAACAAUAGCCGAUCUUUUGGUAAGAGGCCUCUAAAGCAGUUGUGUCCUUCAGUUCAUCCGCAGCAGUCUAACGAGAAAUCUUCAGCAAGCAAGGAUGGUGAUGUCCCCCUUUGCAACGCCAAACUUUUUGAAAUGAAUGUGCAGAAAUCAUUUGGUGCUCGUUUUGGGUUAGAGGCUGCUCAGGUAGUUAUAGACCUUGUUCAAUCCAGGAACAAAGAUAAGCCUAAGCUAUUUGUAGAAUGGUCAGAAUCUCUUGUAAUUGAUGUCCUUGAUUGCAUAGCAAACUCAGCUUUGAAUGUGAAAUCUAUUGCUACACCAAAAUUUUCUCCAAGCGAUGUUCAAUCUCUGAACAACUUCUCUUUUGGCAAUAAGUCUGUUUCUAUUCACUCUUUCAUUCCUAAAAGAAACAUUGAAACUGUUGUCGAAAAGCCGUCUUCUCAAGUCCAACCCCCAAUCCCCAAUCUGAAUGAACCUUCUACUUUUGCUGCUGGUGUUAUUUUGGAUGGAGAUUUUCUCAAUCCGGUAGUAUUAUCUAGUUCAUCUCCAGUUCCUAAGAGUGUGGUGAAUGAAGCUAAUGCUGAAGGUGCAAUUCCAAUGGCUCCUCUAUCUUGCACAAAAAGUGCUUUUGAUGCUAUAGGUGUAUCCCCGUCAACAAUGCAGUGCCCAAUCCCUGAUGUUGGUUCUUCGCUAAUGCAAUCAGGUGGUCCUGAAAAGAACUGCGAGCCCAAGGUUGUUGUCAAUGAUUUUCAAAAACCAAGUUUUGCUGAAUUCAGUCGCUCUCUUGGCGUUCAAUCACAUCCUGAAGAUUCUAUUGAACAACACAAAGUUAAAGAUGGUGUCUCUUAUGUUGGAGGAUUGUCCCCUCUGGUUCCUACUCGUUUGACGCAGAGGUUCCGUGAUGUGAUAGAUGAUGUUGAGUGCUGUCAGUAUAAUGUCGAAAGAUUCUUGAGUUCGAUUGAUCCUGCGAAAGAUGAGGAUUGCAUUGAAAUGGUGAACCUGCCUCCUUCUGAAGUUUCAAAGUCAAAUUUCUACUCAAGCCACCUUAAUGAUCAGGGUAACAAGUUCCCUGUUACUGCUAAAGAAAGGCGUCACCACCUAGCAAUGGUGGAAAUUGGGAGUCAUGCAAGUUGGUGCAAACUGGGUGAAUAUAUUUUUUGA